UUUGAAUUGCUGGAAAUCUUGAGUUUUGACUCAGUAAGAAGGAGAAUGAGUGUGAUCGUAAAAUCUGCUACAGGAGAAAUUUAUCUGUUUUGCAAAGGAGCAGAUUCCUCGAUAUUUCCCAGAGUGAUAGAAGGCAAAGUCGACCAGAUCCGAUCCAGAGUGGAGCGCAACGCGGUGGAGGGGCUCCGGACUCUGUGUGUUGCCUAUAAGAGACUCACACAAGAAGAAUAUGGAGGUGUUUGUCAACUGCUGCAGGCUGCCAAAGUGGCCCUACAAGAUCGAGAAAAAAAACUAGCAGAAGCCUAUGAACAAAUAGAGAAAGAUCUUAUUCUGCUUGGAGCGACGGCUGUUGAGGACAGGCUCCAGGAGAAGGCUGCUGACACCAUUGAAGCGCUGCAGAAAGCUGGCGUCAAAGUCUGGGUUCUCACUGGGGACAAAAUGGAGACAGCUGCAGCCACCUGCUAUGCCUGCAGACUGUUCAGGAGAGACACGCAGCUGCUUGAGCUCACCACCAAGAAGAUUGAGGAGCAGACUCUGCACGAUGUUCUGCUUGAGCUGAGCAAGACCGUCCUCCACUACAGCGGGAGCCUGACCAGAGACAACCUCUCAGGACUUUCAACAGAUAUGCAAGACUAUGGCUUAAUUAUUGAUGGAGCUGCGCUGUCUUUAAUCAUGAAGCCUCGAGAAGAUGGGAGUUCCAGCAACUACAGGGAGCUCUUCCUUGACAUCUGCCGGAGCUGCAGCGCCGUGCUCUGCUGCCGCAUGGCCCCCUUACAGAAGGCCCAGAUUGUUAAAUUGAUCAAGUUUUCAAAGGAGCACCCCAUCACGUUGGCGAUCGGCGAUGGCGCGAAUGAUGUCAGCAUGAUCCUGGAGGCCCACGUGGGCAUAGGUGUCAUCGGGAAGGAAGGCCGCCAGGCUGCGAGGAACAGCGACUACGCAGUGCCGAAGUUUAAGCAUUUGAAGAAGAUGCUGCUUGUUCACGGGCAUUUUUAUUACGUCAGGAUAUCUGAGCUCGUGCAGUACUUCUUUUAUAAGAACGUCUGCUUCAUCUUCCCUCAGUUUUUAUACCAGUUCUUCUGUGGGUUUUCACAACAGACUUUGUACGAUACUGCGUACCUGACCCUGUACAACAUCAGCUUCACCUCGCUCCCGAUCCUGCUGUACAGCCUGAUGGAGCAGCACGUCAGCAUAGAUGUGCUCAAGCGGGACCCGUCGCUGUACAGAGACAUCGCCAAGAACGCGCUGCUCCGCUGGCGGGUGUUCAUUUACUGGACGUUCCUGGGAGUCUUUGAUGCUCUGGUAUUCUUCUUCGGUGCUUACUUCGUGUUUGAAAAUACCACAGUGACCAGCAAUGGACAGAUAUUUGGAAACUGGACCUUCGGGACACUGGUGUUCACUGUGAUGGUAUUUACGGUCACACUAAAGCUUGCUUUGGACACACGCUACUGGACUUGGAUAAACCAUUUCGUCAUCUGGGGGUCGCUGCUGUUCUACGUUGUCUUUUCCCUACUCUGGGGAGGAAUUAUCUGGCCGUUCCUCAACUAUCAGCGGAUGUACUACGUGUUCAUCCAGAUGUUGUCCAGUGGCCCCGCGUGGCUGGCCAUCGUCCUGCUGGUCACCGUGAGCCUCCUUCCCGAUGUACUCAAGAAAGUCCUGUGCAGGCAGCUGCGGCCGACAGCAGCAGAGAGAGCCCAGACUGAGACCCAGUGCCUUUCUGUCGAGCAGCCCACCGUCUUCAUGCUCUCUCAGACCUCCAGCAGUCUGAGUUUCUGACGGAACAAGGUGACGCUUUUCUGCCUUUCUGCAUGUUUGGGAUGGUGGUCUCAGGACAGCGGAGGGUUGCUGCCCGCCCGGUGCACGUACUCUGGCGUUUACAUCUGUUGUCUAACAACCACCGCACCCAGAAACACCCUGAUAACGUGGGUCUUGAGACGUAGGCAUUGACCGUGGGCUGUGCUCCCUCAAGAGCAAUAGACCAUCAGUGUCCGUUAGGAUCAGGCCCCCUGAGGCUGGGCUCACGGCGUCUUUGCUCAGGCACAGCCAGGGCCACGUGCUGUGCCACAUCAAACUGUCACUCACGCCAUCCGUUCAGUUCCUCAUGCACAGAGGCACAGGUGUGUCCCACAAGCAGAGUUCUCUCAGCGCUGCCUUCCCUCCACAGCCCAUGGAGGAUGGGCCACAAGGCCUCACCACAUGCUGACCUCUGCACCCGUUCUGCAGAUGGGGAAACUGAGGACAGGCCCCAGAGCACUGCAGGAGAGAGGAGACAGCCAAGCCCCUCUGACUAGACAAAAGGCAGGAAAGUGUUUUGUGUCCAGUUCCCUUUUACUUUUUUUUUUUAAACAAAUUCCCUUUUCACUUUUUUUUAAAUACUUUUUUUUUUAUAUUUAGAAAACCCUUUUAAUUUGCUUUAAAUGAUCAUGGGCGCCUUUCUUGGCAAUGCAGAUCCACCCACAUGGCAUUUUUCUGUGGCAGCUGCUCAUGAUCAGAGCCUCUUCAUCCAGAUCAAGAUUUCAGGGACCUGAUGUUGCCUGGAGAUCGUGUUCUGUUUAUCAGUUUGUUCAUGUCCCUAAAUACAUUUAUGUAUGCCUCGAAAUGAAUGAUAUUUUGAAAAUGCAUAUUUUUGUUUUACCAGUGCAGAAAAAUGCCUAAAGCAAGAAAAAGGCUUUUAAAAGAAUAAUAAGUUCCUCUCCUUUAUAUUUUAAACCCUAUCUUUUAACUAACUAGAUGGUACAUUUUUUAAGUCCAGGAAAUUAAUGGCAAUCAAAUUUGUCUAAUUUCAUGCCAUCAGAAUUUGUUAGAAUAAAUUACAUAAUUUCAUCUCACUCUUUACACAAAAACAUUUAGGAAAUUGUUAGGAACACUUGAACAAGUCACAGGAGGUCCUUAUGAAACUGAUUAAAUUAUGCCAAUUUAUGCCAACUCUGGGCUGGAAAUAUUCAGCCAUUGAUGUGGCUUAUGAAGAGUUGGUUUGCUCUGGAUGCAUGCAGCACCUGUGGGAGAAGGUGCCCUGAGGUUUCCAUGGCCACCGUGGUAGGGCCUCAAGCCUCAGGGUGACGACCGCGGCAUUGCCAGCACCCACCCUAAUGCAGAGCCCUGCUGCCACACGCCCGGCCCACACAAGACAUGCUCUGUGGUGCUAUAAGGCUUCCCGGAGUCCUGCCAGACUUUGGAGG